UUGAAUUUACAAAGAUUCAAAGAGGUUAUGUUCUUAUGCCAAAAAAUCCUGAAAAGGAGGCAUGAUAAAAAGUAAGACAUGACAUGAUUUAGAAAAACUUGUACGGUUUCUAUUACAUUAAUUUAUAAACAAUCUGGAUUCCCUAAAUUGGUGCUACACUUCAAAUCUACUGUCAUCUUUUCCAACUUUCAUAUCAUGAAUUUGUUAACUCCAACGGAAAAAGGAACUGCAUUUGUCUUAUCAGUAAUUUGUGGACAGGAAAAUAUCUCUUGACGUUUCCCGGUAGCUAAAUCAAGUAACCAUGGAGAAGAAAACGCCCAUAGAAGAGCUAGCUCUCCUGUUUUCCAAAGGAAACGAUGAACUGAAGUUGGAAGCCUGUAACGAGAUUCUGUCCUUGUCUGGUACUGAGGCAAUGAUUGACGAAUUUUUGAAAGUGUAUCAUAUUAUCAAUCCAGAGCUGGUCAGAUUGAUGAGAUUGAAAAACGAUCUCUCAUUGAAAGCUGGCUCGGUAUUGGUCAAUCUUUCAUCACAUACUGUGGGGUCUAGGUCGCUUGUUGGGGUGGAAUGUGCUUCACAUUAUCAAUGUGUCAGUGACUCCAUGAGAUCAUCAGUGGUGAACCCUUCGUCACACUCUCGGUCGAUUGUUGGGGUGGAAUGUGAUUCACAACAUCAAUGUCCCAAUGACUCCAUGUCUCAUGUGAGAUCAUCACACUCUGUGGGUUCUCGGUCGCUGGUCGAGUGUGCUUCACAUCAUCCAUGUCUCAGAGACUCAGUAAGAUCAUCACUGGUUCAAUGCUGUGUUGAAAACAUAUGUGACUGCAACUCUAAACUGGCGGAUGUUUGCUGUAUGAUCUUGUCCAAUAUUUCAAGAGAUCCUUCCUGUCUUGAAGUUCUGAAAGGAGAAUUUAACGGGGAAAUUUUAGAGAAAUUCAUGAAAGUGUUAUUCGAAGAAAAUUUCAAUAAAUCCGGGUGUAAUUUAGAUUAUUUAGCGCAUUUUCUUGCCAACUUCGCACAGGAUACAGUGCUCAGGUCGUAUAUUAUUGGACAAGGGAAAAAGUUUAAGAAGUAUUUCUUGGAGACCCUGCACUCAGUGGAACUUCUAGGCUUGGAAAAUAAAUGUAGGAAACAAGGGUUGUUAGCGUUGUAUAGGAAUCUAUCUCUUAGCAAAGACAGUCACGGUUUGUUUCUAGAUGGACCUGUAGUACAGCUUUUCACAUCAGCGCUUUUCGCUCUAGUCAACUCAAUCAAAUACGACAACGCAAAUCAUAUAGAAGAAUGUAAGAAAUCAAUGGACCCCGAGUUGUGUAUCCUGGUGCUUGAUACGUUGCUUAUUUUCUGUGCAACAAAACGCGGGCGUAUCAUCUUGAGAGAGUCUGACGUUUAUAUUGCUCUGAAGGAAGUGCAUAGUACUUCGUCUGACAAAGCCAUUGAAAUCGCCACUGAGAAAAUUGUUGAUAUCCUGAUAAGAACCGAGGACGAAAUUGGAGUGAACGAUUAUUUGGAUCUGGAAAUUCCUGAGCAUCUGGUGCAGAAGUUUAGGAAGUAUGAUUUGGAAGAUGCUGAGGAAAUUGAAGGGAGUAAAAUCAAAUUGAAGUAAAACUGAAAUUUAUUUGAAGUAAUAAACAAUAAACACUGUACAAUGUAAAUGUAAAUCUGAUGCAAUAUUAUCAAUCCACGUUUUGAUUUUGUUUUUCAUUUUUGUGUAAAUUUGAUAAAUAUAUUACGUUUUCAUAAAC